CCAAGUCAAUUUCCUCCUUGUACACGUACUGCCCCUAACCUUUCCCAGUUUAAACCCGUCAACCAAGUCAUAUGCACCGUUGGUCUUUCUGAUUUUUGGCUGCUACUACCUAUUCCCUAUUUUAUUAAUCUCUUCUCUUCCUUUUUUUGAUCUCUUCACUUCCCUCUUAUCUAAACUUUGAUCUCCAUUUUCAUGGGCUUUGCGGUUUCUUUUUAACCGCUAAAGCCAUUGAUUCCAGUUUCGGCAAGGGGAUGGCUCAGUGUUGAAGAAUUGUUUUUCGAGCAACUUUGACUUGGAAGUUGCUGGAUGCUGUCUGUUGUUUGCUCUAUGGCUAAUUAUAAGAAACCCCGUUUGAAGGAUGCGGCUUUUAAACGUUUGCUGUCUGUAGUUUUAGUUACUUUAUUAGGGGUUUCACUUUUAAUAGUUUCUCUUAGGACCAAUAUUAACCCAGCUUCUAAUGGAUUCGAUGAAGAUUUAAGUGGAAGUGAUGAUAUUCAGAGCGUUAGUGGAAAACUCAACCUUCCUCAGCAGAAUGAAUUUUCAAUUCAAUUGGAAAAACGAAACCGGUUGCCCCCUAGGAAUGUAGAUCUAUAUCCAAAGUUAGCUAAAGAUCAUAUAACCAUUGUUUUAUACGUGCAUAAUCGGCCACAAUAUCUCCAAGUAGUUGUUAAGAGCUUGUCCAAGGUUGUGGGGAUAAGUGAAACUUUAUUGAUAGUUAGCCAUGAUGGUUACUUCGAAGAAAUGAAUAAGAUCGUGGAAGGGAUCAAAUUUUGCCAAGUGAAACAGAUAUUUGCCCCUUAUUCGCCACAUGUGUUCACUGACAGUUUUCCUGGUGUGUCAUCAAAUGACUGUAUGGAAAAGGAUGAUGCAGAGAAGAAACAUUGUAUUGGGAAUCCUGAUCAGUAUGGAAACCACCGAUCUCCGAAGAUAGUUUCUUUGAAGCAUCAUUGGUGGUGGAUGAUGAACACUGUGUGGGAUGGAUUGAAGGAGACCAGAGGGCAUGAUGGACAUAUUCUUUUCAUAGAAGAGGAUCACUUUAUUUAUCCCAAUGCAUAUCGCAACUUACAGCUUCUUGUAUCUUUGAAGCCUAACAAAUGCCCAGAUUGCUAUGCUGCAAAUCUGGCACCUUGUGACGUGAAUUCAAGAGGAGAAGGAUGGGAUAGUUUGGUUGCAGAGAGAAUGGGAAAUGUGGGUUAUUCCUUUAACCGGACUGUCUGGAGAAAAAUCCAUAGGAAGGCUAAAGAGUUUUGCUUCUUUGACGAUUACAACUGGGAUAUAACAAUGUGGGCAACAGUUUAUCCUUCAUUUGGCAGUCCAGUGUACACAUUACGAGGUCCAAGGACUAGUGCAGUUCACUUUGGGAAGUGUGGUUUACAUCAGGGCCAAGGCCAGAGUAAUGCUUGCAUAGACAAUGGAUCAGUGAACAUUCAAGUAGAUGAAAUUGAUAAAGUUGCUAGUAUUGGAUCAGAAUGGGAUGUGCGUGUCUAUCACAAUCAACCAGGGUAUAAAGCAGGGUUCAAGGGUUGGGGUGGCUGGGGGGAUGCCAGAGACCGUCAAUUGUGCCUGAGUUAUUCUCAAAUGUACCACUCCUUUAACACUUCUUCAGCUGUGAUGAGUUGAGACUUCAGCAUCUCAGUUUUCCCACUGUUGUAACUGGUGAGAUCUGAAUUAUUUUUCUUCAAUAGUUUUUAUAACUAUAUACAUGAGAAGUUGUUAUAAUUUGUAAACUUGACAACUUUUCUUAUUCUUUGUCCAAAUUUUGCUCCAAAAAAGCCAGAUUUGUCUUGUUUCCUUUGCAAAUCUGAAGCAGUAUGAUCCUCCUAGAUGUCAUAAAAACUUAUCUUGGGAGCAAGUAGAUAGCCUUUUGGCCUUUGAGGGCAAUAUUUUUAUGUUGACAGUAGUGAUUCCUUUUGAGCUCAAAUUGCUUUGUGCACUGGUUGACAAGGAAAAUUUUCUUUAUCAUAUUAAUAAAUGGAAAUAAUCACCAAUGUCUAUGUGAUUUCAUUGA